AUGAAAAGGGAGCAAUUUAAUGUCCUUGUGGGUAAGAUGGAGGGAAAGGACACGACCCAUGCUUGGGAUGUCGUCGUGUCGUACGAUGAAGACAAGAUCAACGAGUUCCUCGAGGCCCAUCCUAUCUCAGAGAUAGAGAGUCUACCUCCCUUCAGGGGAACAGGCAUUGACGAAGACGAUAGCACCGGCAAGAUGGUCGAACGUGAAUAUGAGUUCUAUCUUAAACUCCAUAGUCCCAAGCUACGGUUCGACGGAAGAUAUGGGAAAGCAAACCUGUCUUUCACAAUGGCUGGCAAGUACACGAAGCUUUGGUCAUCUUCCGAUAUAACCAUUCCCGAUGGAUAUCAAGCGUCCAUCACCGUCGAUCUUAUCAAUAUAACGGGUACAUUCGACAGCAGACGCCAGUUCACCCCAAACUCGUCAGGCAACACCUCAGGCAACAUAGGCCCGAACAAUACCACAGAUGUGCAACGAGAGUCCGCUCAGGGGGUCUGCUUAUCGUUUACAAAUUCAACAGUGGAUUUCCAACAAGUGGCACGAAUCCCAUCCGUUGCCAAAGAAGCCCUCAAGAAUGGUCUCAGGGACUACUUACAGCAGAAUACACAAAAACACUUUAUCAUGGGGGUCUCUGGCUAUGAACCCGAUCAAGACAUGAUCGUGUUUCGGCCGGCCAAAUUCUGCUUCACCAUAACACCAAAAGAGGAUGACGGCCCCCCUGGCUUCCUCUCAAUGUUGAUCAGCGUUGAAGGAGGAUAUCAAAAUGGUCUACAGCCUAGUGGGCAAACAACCCUCUCAUUUCAACCGGGUGGUAUCCCCAUGUCUCCGAUACCUAGCCACACAUCAGCAAGCGUCAUAUUUAGUCACGACAUCAUGGCUCGUCGGUUCUUCAAGCCAAAUUUGGAAGGGUUGUUAAGUGAUGUAAGGGUCACUUCGUCGCCGGGGACAGGUGGCAUGGCAUUUACCGGUCGCCUAAAGCACCCAGAAGUUAAAAUCCCAUCCAACAAGAUAGAAGAGGAAUCCCCAGGACAAAUCAAAGAUACAAAGUAUAGUGAGCUAAAGUUUACCACAACAACACCCCCGGCGACCGUGACUGUGAAGCCUGGCAUCACAACGUCAAAUGAGGACGCCAUACUCAUUAACUAUAAAAGCAAUCCGGACAAGAGCCACUGGAGUGUGACUUACCGUGCGUAUGCAAUGGCUCCUGCUCCCAAAUAUGGAGCGGUCUUGGCUACCUUGUCUUGGAAAGCUAAGGGCCGGUGGAAAGCCGGCACGCAGGAACGCCCCAACCUGAUCGGGCUCACCAUGACCCCGGACAACAAAUGGUCACUAAGUGCAUCAAAUACGGAGCACUCGAACUGGCUGGCAGAGAUGGGCAACAAGAUAGACGGACAGGUCGUUGUCCCAAGCUAUUACGGAGACCAACAGCCUGCAGCUAAAUUUGACCUGACUAUGAGAGUCCUAGACUACUUUCUAACGACCAGUUUGCUAUUUCCCGGGAGGCAGAUGUUUAAAGCCCAUCUUCCUGUCGCACCGGCCAACGCGAACCAAAAAGGGUUGGCAGUGCCUCGCGACCUGAUACGUACGGGCGACAUUAUUUCGUCCUAA